GCGAGCGAGCGGCAAAUUUGAUCAAUAUGAUGGCUUUGGCCGCAAAAGUGGGGAUGAACUUCGGUGGUCUCCUACAGCAGGCGAAGACCGAAUCCCACGGCGUCUAUAUGCCUGUCAGCAUGACGGCCUUCUUCGGCACUUCCUACAGGCGGAUCUUGCAAAAAGCCAAGGAGCCUCAUUUUGAUCACUGCUACUUCGUGGACGAAAAGCAGAUCCUGGACGCCGCAGAUAAUGCUCCUUGGCACCACGGCGAAGAUGUUCUCUUUGUGGGCUGCAUCACCGGUAUGGUUCACAACGGCGACCUGCUGACUCCAAGCUUUUUGGAUCAGCUCCGGAAUUCCUCGCCCCUGAUGAAGCGGGCCACGCCGUUUUACAAAACCAAGAAGCUGCGCAUUGCGAUGCAUCUUCGGAGAGGAGACCUCCACAUUGGCUCUAACCGAGGCAUGCCUGAUGAGAUGUAUCACCAGGUCCUAAGCACUGUGCGUCAUGCGGUCGGCGAGGAGGCAGAACUCCACGUCUUCAGUUCCACUGUGCCAAACUACAAGCCUUCAGCCUUCAAAAGCUACCACAACCGGGGCGCAGAAGUUCACCUUGAUGGUGAAGAGGUGGAUGAUUGGGCACACAUGAUGCAGGCUGAUGUGCUCAUACUAUCCCCUAGCAGCUUCGCUUGGGUGCCGGGCGUGCUGAACCGAAACUGCGUGGUAGGUUUCUCGCGCUACUACCCCCUGGGACACUGGACGGUUCAUCGAGAUGGCGACUUUUCGCACUCGGCGCUGGCGCGUCUCAAGACGUGCAUCGAGGAGAGGAAAGCGGCCAAGAAGAGGUAG